CUUUCCCGCUCCAGCUACAAAGCGGCCCCGAGCUCGCGCUCUCCUCCAUGGCUCCGCCCCCCUCCUCGACGUCCCUCUGGCAACCAUGUCGGCGGGCGUGCGCAGACGUCAAGCAGCUGGCGUGAAAGCAGAAGCUCCCUCGGUCGCCGUAGUAGCUGCCCCAGCUAGCGGAGAUGAGGAGCCGGGCAUGGCGGCGGCCCCGAGCCUCUCCGCCUGCCUCAAGCUGCUGGCGGCUGCCUUCUACGGCUUCAGCUCUUUCCUCAUCGUGAUGGUGAACAAGAGCGUCCUCACCAGCUACGGAUUUCCUUCCUCACUCUGUGUGGGACUAGGCCAGAUGCUGGCUACCGUAGUUGUCCUUUGGGUGGGAAAGGCACUCAGGGUGGUCAAGUUUCCAGAUUUUGAUAGACAUAUACCUCGAAAGACUUUUCCACUACCUCUUCUCUAUUUUGGGAACCAAAUCACAGGACUGUUCAGCACAAAGAAAUUGAAUCUGCCAAUGUUUACAGUCCUGAGACGGUUUUCCAUUUUAUUUACAAUGUUUGCAGAAGGAAUCUUACUCAAGAAAAAAUUUUCUUGGGGAAUUCGGAUGACAGUAUUUGCAAUGAUAAUUGGUGCAUUUGUAGCUGCAAGUUCUGAUUUGGCAUUUGAUCUAGAAGGAUAUAUUUUUAUCUUGAUCAAUGAUGUCUUGACAGCUGCAAAUGGCGCUUAUGUAAAACAGAAACUAGAUUCAAAGGAGCUGGGAAAAUAUGGUCUCCUUUAUUACAAUGCACUAUUCAUGAUUCUUCCUACUGUGGGCAUUGCCUACUUUACAGGAGAUGCACAAAAGGCAAUGGAAUAUAAAGGUUGGGCAGAUACCCUUUUCCUUGCACAAUUUACACUCUCUUGUGUGAUGGGGUUUAUUCUGAUGUAUUCAACAGUACUUUGCACUCAGUAUAACUCUGCCCUUACAACUACAAUAGUUGGCUGUAUUAAGAAUAUACUAAUAACUUACAUAGGAAUGUUCUUUGGAGGAGAUUAUAUUUUCACAUGGACAAAUUUUGUAGGAUUAAAUAUUAGUAUUGCUGGAAGCCUCGUAUAUUCCUACAUCACUUUUACAGAAGAACAAAUAAAUAAACAGUCUGAAGCUAGCAUCAAGAUGGACAUUAAAGGGAAAAGCGCUGUAUGACAAAAGGCAUGCUUACCAGAGUAACUCUCACUUUUUAGCAAGAUGUUGACAAAUCACUGUAGUAUGCAGUCUCUGAAUGGAAUUGGAUGGUUACUUCGUAUUCGCACAAUCUGAAGAUUGCCACAUUUGGAAUCAAUUAUUUAUACUGGACUGCACAUAUGAUGAAUAGAAUGCAUAUAGGCUGCAAGGAAUUAUAUAUGUAGUGAAACAGGAUUAAUAAUCUCAAAUGCAGCAAGUGUUGUUGGUCUAGAUUGGGUGCAGCAAGAAAAUGCAUCAUUGAAAUCAAGCAAGCCUAUUGUUCAGACUCUCAUGACUUUGGCUUGUUGAUCCCUUCCAACUUUAACUGCAUUUUCCUUGAAGUCAUGCAAUCUGUGUGAAUGAAAUGUAGUUCCUACAUCUCAUUGCAUGAAGCUGUAUAUAAAUAAGAUGAUACUUUGAGCUGCAAUUUAUGGGGAAGGUAGACCUACAUUCACAAUCAACAGAAAUGUUACCCAAACAAAUGUCCAUCUAAUUUUUUCCCCCUGAACCUAGCGAAGCACUUUUAAGUGUGUGUUACACAUUGUUUGGGUUAUCUUGGUCAGAAUUGUUUUUAAACCUUUAUAGACUUAUCAGUACCUAUUACAGAUAAAGAACAGAUAAAUGUUCUAAAGAGUAAGGUUUUAAAUGCAGUUUUCUCCUGAAGAAAUGAGGAAAAGCAAACUACAGUGGUAAAAUGUGGGUGUUUUCCCCCAGUAAAAGUUUUUCUUUUAUUUACUUGGCUUUUUUUCUAUGCAAUCAGAGUCCUUUUUUAAAUAAAAAUCUCAUCACUGGUUUUUUUUUAAAGGUUGUAGCUUUUUAAAAGAUUGUUAUAAAUGAGAGUUUGCCCUUUGGUGAUUUAAGUGUUUUGAAAUGCACAUUUAUUUCUUGGAAAAAAUAGUUUUGCAAAAGUUUAUUGCAAGCUUUUUGAAUAUAGAAAAAGCAUGCAGUUGGAAGUUAUAUCCCCAGUCUAUCAAGUCUAGCUUCCUUUUUGAAAUAGGUUUACAUAUCAUGCUAAAUCAUUAAACAGGUCCCAUUUUGCAGAAAGUGAAUUCUGGGGUGUUCGCUUUGAUGUGGUUGAAGCUGUUUUCAAAGGAGCCUCACCAGCCUUGCAAAUGAAGCUUUUGUAUCUGUGUGAGGUUUUCAUAUUGUUGCAAAGCAAAUCAGAUUUACAAUGUUGUAAACACAACAUUGUACACAGCAAACUUGUAAACACAAGUCUUUAAAAGAAAUGAUAGUAUAUUCUACUAUCAGUUGCCCUAUCAUAGGCCUCACACCCAUUUACACUGAAACAUGAGAAAAACUGUAGUAUCUGGAUAGUGUUUAUCCAGAAAAUUCUGAAUUUUAAGGAGCUGUCAAAUUGAAAAAUGGCUCAAAUCUGCUGAAUGAAAUCCAGUUUGGUUUUCACUAAAGAAAACCUAGCUUCAGUUUAUUUGACUCAGUGAACCACAAAUUCCUGGCCUUGUAUAUAGAGAGAUUGCAAAAUAUAAUAAAUCUCUUUUAAACAUUAAAGACAUUGUAAAGGAGAACUCUGUGAGAUUGGCAGCCAAAAAUCUAUGGUAGAUGGUAGGACACUUUUUUUUGACUAACAAGAUUUUAUUAAAAGGCACAUGCUUUCAUGAAUUUUAGCUCACAUUUGCAAUAUUAAAACAAAACAACCCCAGAAUCAACUCACAUAAAAUAUCUUCAGGCUUUCUAAGGUUUAACAAACACAAAAUAUAUUAAUACAUUGCUAUUACUAAUUCAUGAGGUACUUAUAAUUUGUCCCACAUGUAACUUGCAUAUGCAUAAUUACCCUUUUCUCCUCCACUUGCUGCAUUUUCUUUUCUUUUCAAAUCCUCCUUCUGUUUAUCCACUUCAUGCAUCCGAUAAAGUGAGUACAACUCAUAAAAGCUUAUGUCUUUUAAUAAAACUUGUUAAUCACCUUUUCAUUAUUAAAAACAUUCUAAAGCAUUACAGUUUUUCUAAAUUUCAAAAAGAAAUAAGGUUAAAUACUAAAAUUAUCAGAACUGAAAAGAUUUCUCAUCCAAGAUGCUGAGAUUGUAAGUGAAUAUUUUCCUAAGGAAACAUUUCCACCCUUUUGUUCUACUGCCAGGACAAAUCCUGGUUCAUGACUUUGCAUGUAAGGUACAGUUAUGUCCUUAAUGGGUUUGUGGGUUAAAUUUAACUCUAAAUUGAAGUCUGUGAAACAGGUAAAUCUUACAUAUUCUGUGUUAAAUAUGCAGUCAUUCCUGAUCUGGCACCAAAAGCCAAAUUAUGUGUACUGGAGACAUUAUUUAGCAUGUAAUUAUUAUUGUUUUGCAUAUUUAUGCUUUUUGUUAGAGGAGGGGGGCAAAGAACUAUGCUGGACAUUGUAACAACACUAACAAGAAAUCCUACUCCAGCAGUAUGUUACUGUCUGGGAUCGCACAGAUUGUUUGCCGCACUUUAAAAUACAUUCUCUUAGCCUUAAACUGUUGAAAGUAAACACAGAACUUCAGAAUGCAUACUUGUAAUAUGCAGAGUGGGUAACUAACAGUUGUUCUGGAAUAGUCUAAUGUAAAACAGAGAAGAAUCCUGGAGCUUCACAGAAACAUGAUGGUCUUGAGCCUUUUUUGCAGCCUCGGAAAUACUCUCAUCCAUAAUGUUGCAAAUUAAUUGCUGUUUUGAGAUAUGAAGUACAAGUGCACUUCAUAUCUUCUAUAGGUUUACUGCAAUUUGGAAAACAAGCCCUGUAUUCCCCAUAAUGAGACACCCCCUCUCAACAAUUAGCAAUAGGCGCUUUGUAAGCUUUGGCCAGUAAGAACAUUGUCCAUUCAAUCAAGAAGCAACUUUUUAAAUGUUAUGGGCUCCAUGCUGUCUUAGCCAGCAACAAUUUGGGGGAGGGGGGAUAGAGGGGGGAAUAGUGAAAUUUGGAUUACGUCACCCUUUUCCUUGUUUACAUAUUUUUUUGGGGGGGUUGUUUUCAAUUUUAAAUCAUGGAAGAUUUUCCUUCAUUUAUUACUGCUUUGCCGUUGAAUUUAAACACUAUGAUUGUAGCUGGGUUUGCACAUCACAAAAGUGUCAGUUCUACAAAGAUGUGUAGUUUCUCCAACUG